GCAGCUGCAUCCCAGCCUGGGAGGAGGCAGAGGCUCCCAUCCUCCCUGCUUGGGGAGGGGGGAAGAGGGUUUAGAGUGGGAUCAGCCCAUGGGGUAGAGAGGAAACAAUAUUGGAUAAGAAAGCCUGACGGGGCCUGGGACGGAUUUGCUCUUAGCAAGGGUCGGAGUGGUGGGGAGGGAUCCUGUAAUGUAGGGCUGUGAUCUCUCCUGAUUAAUUAGGAAUGAUCACUGAUCUAAAGCAUCACAAUUGCCCUGGGCCUGGUUUUAGCCUGGAUGCCUGGCUUUUGUCCUUCCAUCCUGGAGCCCCGCUGGCUGUCGGCUAAAUUGCACAAGACAGGAAGACAUUGACUUGUCCUGCUAGGCUUAAAUGGCACUCGAUGGGCAGAGCAGAUGCAGGAGUGAGGCAGUCCUGAGAGCUGGCAUUUUCCUGCCACAAGGCUUCUGGAUUCAGAGGCCUUGGCUAUAGCUGUGGACGGUAACCUGAGGUAUAUGCUGACUGCCCUGCAGAGGCGGAGAGGUAAUUGUACAGGGUCAGGAAUAGGUUUGACUGGUAACCUGGACCAUGUUCAGCCGGUCAGGAUACCAAGCCCUUCCCUUGGGAGACUUUGACCGCUUCCAGCAGUCCAGCAUCGGGCUCUACGGAUCUCAGAAGGGCUUCUUUUCUUUCGGGCCUGCGCAGGACCCAGUGGCUCAGAACCAGAAUACAACAGAUUCUUCCCAGGGCUGGCUGUCAUGGAUCUGCCAUGGGAUUGUCACAUUUCUGGUCUUUCUGCUGAUGGUCAUCACCUUCCCCAUUUCUGGAUGGUUUGCUUUGAAGAUAGUCCCUGCUUACGAGCGAAUGAUCGUCUUCCGUCUGGGCCGCAUCCGGGCCCCCCAAGGGCCUGGCGUGGUCCUGCUUCUUCCAUUCAUAGACCAGUGGCAACGAGUGGACUUAAGGACUAGGGCUUUCAGUGUGCCACCAUGUAAGCUUGAAAUCAAUGAUAUGACCAAGUCCUGGGGCCUGGAAGUGGAUCGGGUUGAACUGAUCUUGGAGGCAGUUCUGCAGUCUCCUCAAGAGAGUCACUCAGGACCUCUGACCGUGAUGCCUCCUAUCCCUGGACUGGAGGGGCUGGAUAGCACCAUUCAGCAUCUGGCCAUGCAUUUCUUUAGCAACAGUAUGGCAACAGCAGCCAAUCCAAAUGUUGCUCCAGAGACAGCUGAAAGUGUGGAGACAGUGAAUGAGGUGGAACCACCUGCUCCUACCAUUACCACCACUACCACCACUGCUGCUACCACCAGAAGGAAACUGGGUGCUGAGGAGCUGCUGUCCACUGUGGAGCUCUUCCUGUCUGAGUCCUUGGUCAGCCAGGUUGGAGCUUCCUACCAGUUUAACAUCCUACUUCCAAGUGGAGCCCGGAGCACCUAUUUCAUAGAUCUCUCUACAGGCAGUGGGAAGGUUGGCUGCGGAGUACCGGAACACAACCCCAAUGUAAUCCUGGAGAUGACAGAAAAAGACCUGCAGGCCUUCUUCUUAGGUGAACUCCGUCCUCUGACUGCUUACAUGAGUGGGAGACUGCGAGUCAAGGGUGACCUGAAUGUUGCCCUGAAGCUGGAGGAGCUCUUCAAGGCAAUGAAACAACGUAGAUAAAGAGAGAGAGAGAGAGUGUGUGUGUGUGUGUGUGUGUGUAUCUUUAUGUGUGUGUGCAUAUAUGAAAGACGAAGUGAUGGUGGAAGAAGUGAAGAAUCUGGCUUAUGGAGAAAGCAAAGGCUCCCAGGUCCUUCAGUUCUAGCGAGCAGUUUCUUUUCUGUUUCACAUGCUGGGGAUGUUGAUCAUUGCCCAAAUGAGCAGGGAAAGAAUCCUUGCGUGGGAGCGCCACGAGGAACUGAAAAUCAGAUCCCAGCAAAAUGCCCUUCGCAUAAGGCUCUGAUGAGGGAGGUGGGGUACAAGAGAGAUCAUUCCUAAGUCCACAGGCAGUUGUAGGGUCCCCAUCCCCUGAUGCCUUCAGAUCAAGACUGGAGGCCUUUCUGGGAGAGUGAUGUCAAACACAAGCUCAUGGGCUCAGUGUUGGGGUAGCUUUGAUUAAAGUUCUGAUCCUCUUUCUAGAAGAGGUCAGACUAGAUGAACUAAAGGUCUCUUCAAGCCUUAAAAUCUGAGUCUGAGAAUGAGUUUGCAAGAGGGAAAUCACCAGUUGAAAGGCCUGAUUCUCAGCUGUAUUUCAACCCAAAGUUCUGAUUUUUGUAGAUGAAAAUGCCAGUACAGAACUGGCACCCAGUUCUCCCUCCCUUGGAAUUCACAGUAUUCCUUAAUGCAAGUGAAUUGACAUAUAUCCUGACUGGGGAAAGUGAGGCAACUAUAGUCUCAAUAGCCCACUGUUCUGUGGGCUGUCAUGACCUGCGAGGUGAAUUCCAUAACUAUCAUUCAUGCAAACAACAAACAACCCACUAUCUUCCACCAAGGGAGGUGGAUUUGCAAACCUCCAGGACUGCAGUUACACAUCCAACUGCUUGAUCUGGGGCUGCAAAGAUGCAUUUGGAUUUCUACCUACAAAUAUUUGCAUGCAAGCUGAUUUGCAGGUGCCUAUUGAAAAAGACCAUUCUUUAGACACUUUGAGCCAUAAAUCUCUACUGAAAGAAUAGGAGAAGCAGCUGAUGGGCAUGUAUUAUAGUAAGGAAUCUCUUCAGUUUCUUGACCUUCCAUGCACAGGUUGUUUGCAAUUAGUGGUUGCUCUAAUUUGUGUUUCAAGUGUUCUGCAUGCCUCUCGUUAGGUGUAGAUGUGGAUGUGUACAUGAACUGUACAUAUAUUUAUUUAUUUUGUAAUCUGUAUAUUAAUUAUUGAUUUUCAAUAAACGUGUUACAUGUGGUCAGACA